CACAUCGCCAUGUAUUAUCGAGAACGAUAGAUGGGCAGCCUGGAGUAACGAGUUACGUUGCGGCCGUCCAAAAAAGCGACAGAACAUGACGAGCCCGGUUGUGAUUUCAGCCACAGCUAAGCAUACAGCAACGUUAAUAUUUUUCCAUGGUUUGGGUGAUACAGGACAUGGUUGGGCCAGUUCCAUGGGUGCGGUGCGAUCUCCUCAUGUUAAAGUUAUUUGUCCUACUGCGCCCACAAUGCCAGUAACACUUAAUGCAGGGUUCAGAAUGCCUUCCUGGUUUGAUCUACGUACUCUGGACUCCAGUGGUCCAGAAGAUGAAGAAGGUAUACGUAAGGCCGCUGAAACAGUCCACUCAUUAAUAGCGGAGGAAGUUGCAGCUGGGAUACCUACCACACACAUUGUUCUAGGAGGAUUCAGUCAAGGUGGAGCACUAGCCAUGUACAGUGCCCUUACAUUCCCAGAGCCUUUAGCUGGCAUUAUAGCUUUAUCCGCCUGGCUUCCUUUACAUCAAAAAUUUCCAGCAGAAGCAAUAGGUAAUAGGAACACUCCACUGCUGCAAUGUCACGGUGAUUGCGAUCCAAUUGUGCCAUACAGAUGGGGUCAAAUGACAGCAUCUCUUUUAAAACAAUUUAUGACACAGACAGAAUUCAAAACGUACCGAGGAAUGAUGCAUACAUCCUCUGAAGAGGAAAUGCGCGACAUAAAGAAAUUCAUCGAAAAGGUUCUGAAACCGUAAUAAAUCAAAUUAAUACUUACUGAUAUUUUAUCG